AUGAAUGAGCUCGAAAAACUCCUGAGCAAAGCUACUAAUCCUGUUUCUGAUCAAUAUAAUUCUGAUACAGUGAAUGAAAUUGCUAAGUUAAUAGAUACUCAACCGAAUGGUCCAGUUUUUACUCUACGUCUCCUUGCUCAUAAGAUUAAGUCUCCGCAUGAAAGAGAAGCCCUAAGUUCAUUGGCGUUGUUGGAAUCUCUGUCUAAACGGUGUAGUCCAACGUUUAUUUCCGAACUUGGGAAAUUCAAGUUCUUAAAUGAAUUGAUCAAAGUCCUAUCACCAAAGUAUCUUGGUGAUCAAACGGCUACAUCUGUAAAAAAUAAAUGUGCUCAAUUAUUGCAUAACUGGCAACGUGAUUAUUCAUCUAGUGAACCAAAAUUUGCUGAAGCUUAUAAUAUGCUUGUUAGAGAAGGGAUUAUCACUGCAGAACAAAUCACCACAAAUGGACCUAAUUCAAAGGUUGGUCAUACAGCAUCUACAACUGCUGAAGAAAGACAGAAUAUAUUUGAACGUAAUAAAAAAUCUGAGCGUCUAACUCAACUCCUUCGAAGUCGUAAUCCAGCUGAUCUACGUGAAGCGAAUGCACUUAUCAAGAGUAUAGUUGAAGAAGAUCAAGUGCGUAUGGAGAAAGUGAGUCAAAGGACAAGUGAAAUGGAAGCCUUAAGAAAUAAUACAAUAUUAUUAGAAGAAAUGAUUAGUACAUAUAUGCUUGGUGAAAGUACAGAGGCUGAAUUAGAAUUAAUGAGUGAAUUGGUCGAAAAUAUCCGUAAAGCACGUCCAUUAUUAUACAGUUUCUCUUUAACCCAUGAAGAACAAGAUAUGGAGACAUUAACUGAAAUUGGUCGAAUCUGUGAUCGAGCAAGUGAAGUGAUAUCAAAUUAUGAACAGAAGGUAAAAGUAGGUAACGUCAAAUCAACACCACCACCAUCAUCGUCAGCAUCAACAUCAUCACCAUCUAAGGAUGCAAUCAAUGAUGGCUCAUCGUCAUCAUCAACAUCAACAAGCGGCAGUGGCAGCAGCAACAGCACCAGUCGAAUUCCUGAUCUCCUUACCCAAGAUUUAAUGAAUUUAGGCUUAGAUGAUCCAAUUAAACCUUCUACAUCGUCAUCAUCAUCAUCUUCCUCGUCAUCGUUGACAGUAUCCUCAGCGGAUGUCUUAAUGUUAUUGUCUAAUAAUAGUAGUAAUAUAUCAUUGACUCCAACUGUUGUCAGCAGUACAAAUGGAUCUUCAACUGGGACUUAUGGUGGUGGUGCUAAUCAACUCAUUCCGUCGUCAAUGAAUCAAAUUUCAUUGAUUACUAAUAAUCAUAAUCCUAAUAACAACGUUUCAACAAAUGUGACAUCCGUCUCAUCAACACUUUAUCCGACUAUUUUCAAUUCUGUACAAACAAAACCUUCAAAGUUAGAAGCCUCUUCCUCCGCCUCUUCGUCCUCCUGCUCAGGACGUGGACAAGCAGCCAAUUCUAAUUCUAAAGUUUUCAGUGAAUUAGAUAACCUUAGCCGUCAAAUGCUUCAAUUGUCAAAAACCAAUGCUUUGGCGGACACCAAUCUCUCUAGACUUCUUGGCAAUGAGUCAACUGUAUCCUGUACCACAACAACAACAGCAGCAACAACACCACUGACAAAGUCGCCAACACCUACUAAUCAUCAUGUUGUUAUCGAUAGUGAUAGUCAUAAUAAUAAUGAUGACAUCAAUCCUACUAACAACAAUAAUAAUGAUAUUAGUAGCCAAAAUCUAGUCAGUGCAAUCAAAACUACGCCAGUUCAUCAUCCUUCUCCUCCUCCUAAAGCUGAUGUCUCCUUAAAUCAAAGUCAUAAAAGCAGUAGUAGUAGUAUUGAUUUAAAAUCAAUCAAUAUUCAGCUAUCGUCAAUUCUACCGCAUCCAGUGUACAGUACACCAGUAAUUCUUUAUCCUGUCAAUUGUCAUCGUGAUGCUGAUGAUGACAACGACGUUGGCGAUACUGAUAACUCCCACGCGCCAGAUAAAGAUAAUAGUAUACAAUUAGCAUUACACUAUGCACAGAAUCGACCACAUCCUGAAGUGAUGGUAUUUGUCGCGGUUAUCUCUAGUCGAAAUUCUCUACCGAUUACUGAAAUCAAUGUAAGAUUUGCUGUGGAAAAACCUUGUAGAAUUCGACAACUAUCAGCCUCUGGUCAAAAUUUGCCAGCCUAUUCGCCUUUUCUACCGAGUGCUUCAAUAAGUCAAAUAGUAUUAAUUCAUAAUCCAUCAAAUUUGGAGAAAUUCGUUCUCAAAUUUCAAUUCUCUUUUGUGUUAGACGGUGAAGCUAUCCUAGAGUCUGGAAAAUUCAAUCUACCCUCUGCAUAA